AUGAUACCAAGAAAGGCCCUGGGCCUCGUCGUGCUACUGCUGCUCGCCACGGGCCUGCUGCUCUUCUCGCGCACCGCCGGACACUCGCUUGCCGACUAUGUCUUCGGGCCCGAUGCGCCCAUGGUACCCUACACGACGCACAUCGUCCUGUUCCAGUUCAAGCAGGGCACCAGCGCGCUCGCCAUCAAGGAGGUCACCUCGCGCUUCUUUGGCUUGAAAAAGGAGUGCCGCCAUCCAGCUACACUGCGGCCCUACAUUGUGUCGAUAGCCGGCGGAAAGGAUAUCUCGACCGAAAAUCUCCAGAAUGGCAUCAGUCACGCGUUUGUCUUGCAGUUCCACUCGGUCGAAGAUCGGGACUACUAUGUAAAUGAGGACCCAGCCCAUAAGGCUUUCAAAGAGGUGGCUGCCGCAGCCGUCGAGAGGGCGACGGUCGUCGACUUUCAGAAUGGUGUUUUUACGAAUGCGCUGUGA